UUCAAAACACAGCUUGGCCUCAAUCCUGCCUGAUUCUUUUUGCUUCCUGCCUAAUUUUUGCGCUUAUUUUCUCCUCUCACCAGUUAUGUAAAGUACUUCGCGCUUUGUAGCCUUUAUUUUAUUUUUAUUUUUUAUAUAAUGAGGCUGCUUUCCGUAUAUUCACCAAAAAACACAUAUUUCUCCCUCGGGAUAGAUUUCUCAAACAGCAGCCUACUGUUUGCUUGUUUGUUGCUUUCAAGGAAUAUGGACUAAUUGAGAAACCGUAUAAAUGUACCUGCCGUCGAGGGGAUAUCCUGCGUUUGUAAUCGAAGAGGUGUGUGUGCCCUGGGUGCAGCCCAGCCUGUGCUGUGGUGGCGAUGAAGAGCCCCGGAGCUGCAGAGAGCCGGCGGCUGGUCGUCCUGCUGGAGGCGGCCCUGCUGAGGGAGGCUCGUCUCUGGAAGGUACCGCUCUUCAAGAAUGGAUGCAUCCAGGGUGCUGACGUCUCCUCAUCCCAAUAUCAAGAAAUUAUCUUUUGGCUUGGAGAGAUGAACCGGCUGUUCCACUUCUGUCCAGAAACGUUUGCACUGGGAGUCUGUGUCCUUAACCGACUGCUGUCCACUGUCAAGGCCCAACCCAAAUACCUGAAAUGCAUUGCUUUCACCUCGUUGGUCUUGGCUGCCAAAAUCAACGAGGAAGAUGAGGUAAUAGGUUCUGUUCAAGACCUGGUUGUGCAGAGCGGAUGCAGCUUCUCAACAGCUGAGAUUCUUCGCAUGGAGAGGAUCAUUCUAGACAAGCUGCAAUGGGACUUGUACACCGCAACGGCAGUCGACUUCAUUCACAUAGUAAGUUGGCAGAUAGAUGGGCAAACAAUACUUUUAUUUUUAUUAUUUUCCUGGACCUGAGUUGUCCGAGCAUCUCAUAGCUGGACCUGAAAUGCUUCGUCAACUCUGGUCCCGGUCUUGCCUAAAACCCAGCGGUACAAAAGCACACAUUUUGCCAUCAUGCUUGCAUCAUGUUUGCUUCAAGACGGUAUUUCACAAACCUUCACAAACCCCUACUCUCUCAGAAGAGAUAAAGGUAAAUUGGUCCCAGUAGAGAUUGUGCAUUUAUUUGAUUUCACUCAUUGUUCCCAUUAUUAUAAACUCCAUUCCGUCCAGCUUGGGGUGAACACGUUUAGAACGUUGUAAGAGGUCAAGAGCAACUGUGCACAUAAUAAAAUGGGAGUCCAAUUAGAACAUAAUACAUUUAUAUUUGGUUUUUCAAUACAUCUGAAUAGAAUCAAUAAAAUAUUGUUCUAAAUAAUGACGUAAAAUAAUCUAAGGCUACCUGACCUCAACACUGAUAAAAACCGAAAUGUUAUUGUUUUUGCGCACUUGUUCACUUGUUUUAAAGGUUAACAGAUGGAAAUCACCUUGCUUUCAGUUAUUGCUAACUCUAAAAAUCACUGCCUUUUCCCAAUGUAAAUAUGAUUUAAUGUCAGCUGUCAGCAGAAGUGACAAUUAUAGAAUCUGUUGAAUCUGAUUGUGGACAAAGACCCAAUCGGCAGAAGGUCUGAAGAGAGCUGUUUAUUCCACAUAAGUCUGCAUUUGCAAGCUGCUAGCAAAUAACAGGCAUGUUGCAUAUCAGGCCAAGGCACUUCUGACUAACUUCUGCCCAACUAUUGAUACCAAAACCCAGGGGGGGGGGGGGCGCGGAGAUAUAAGGUCCUUUUUUAUUUAUUAGGAGACCUCGAGAGACUUAACAGAAAUGUUUUACCAUCAGGGAAUCUAUAACGUGCUUUGAAUAGUUGACUGUCUUUUACGUGAAAGUAGGGUUGUCAUUGUUAAAGGUCCCAUGCUGUGUUACUGAGUUUAUGGCACAAUAUUGUUGAACAGCCUGGAUCUAGUCACAGUAGUUUAUUGUUAAACUUUUACAAAUCAUUGCCUAAGGCAGUAGCCACUGACUGAACUGUCCACACACACACACACACACACACACACACACACACACACACACACACACACACACACAC